AAAACGCAGAUUUUAUAUGAUGAAUAAACUCAAGGCUUUGCACUUCAAUUAUGCACAUUUGAACAAAUAUCAUGAUGCGUUGUUGUUUGCCAUGAGAAAUUUAAGGAAUGGCAAAAAAAAUGAAUCGCAAGAUUCUAGCAUGGCCAUGUCCACAUUUAGGAAGGAAGUUCUUCAAAAGAAUGACAUUGAUAUUGAGGAAGAGUCCAUAAAAGAAAAUGCUCUGAACGGUGUUGAAAGAGGGAGCAUGAACGGAAUGAAAGAGAGACAAAACGAAAGAUCCAAUGAGGAUAUUGAAUCCGAAACUUACUACUCCACCAAUCCUGACUGCAGUGAAAGAUUAAUGAUUGUUGAAGAUUCUGACGAAUCAGAUAAGAAGAUACAAGAUUCGGUCUGCCCAGCAUCAGAAGAAAAUUUGGUGUACGAAAACGUGGCAGUUUCGAUGUCUGAAAAUACGAAAAAUGUGACGCACCAAAGCUUCGGUGCAUUCAAUCGAAAAAGUGAAAAUGGGGAUGGAAUUUCCGAAUAUGCGAAAAAUGUCGAGCAGCAGCAACCCUUCGAAUCGUUUAAUCGUAAUAGCGGGAAUGAGAAUGGAAUUCCCGAGGAUUCCGACGCGAAAAAAAUGGUUGGAAACAUUGAAAAGUUUCGCCAUUUUUUCUAUCGUCAAAAAACAAAAAUAUUACCGUUUGAAACGCCCUCUAAUAAUGGAAUCGUAAAUUGGAUGCUUGAAACGCACACGAGAACCGAUAGCAAUGAUCCGGUGCAAUGCGACAUUCCUUCAGCUGGGGACGAUAAAGAGACAGACUCUAAAUCAGCAAAAGUUGAACGUGUUGAUGAAAAUGUAUCGGGCAAACAAUUUUAUUACGAGAACGAGGACGACGACAUGAUGGUGGAUAAUCCUCUGAGUAUUCAAGAAGAAGUCGUGGUGGAAACUUCGAAUUUGGAAAAUCCAGAAGAAACAUACGUGGAUGCAAAGAACUUCAACGAGUCACCUUACGAGAAUGCUUUCGUAACCGAAACUUUAAACUGCGAGAAUACCGAAGAUAAUUCGAGGUCGCAGGUCGAUUUAGAUGCUGAAAAAGUGGAAAAAGAUCCUCUGCAAUUAAACAACCACGACGAAGAAGCUGAGCAAGUUGGAAAAUUAGAAAUCGUUGAAAAAGCCUUCGACACUGAGGAGCAAUUGAUUGAGGCCACAAAAAGUGGAGAAGGCGAGAAGGAAAACUUAGUACCAGUAAAAACCUACGAGAAUCUACCUUCAGAGAAGCCUCGUGAAAAUUCAACUCCGAGCGAAAUGAAACCGAUCGAUGUGAUCGUAAUCUCAUCGGACAGUUCGGACGAGGAGAGACGAAAGAAUUACAAAAAGUUAGAAAAUCGAGGAAUUCCGCUCUCUGUUCGAAGGGCGAGAAACGCAUUGUCUCAGACUCGUACCGCGGUGCGGAAAGUAAUUCGCGUAACGCGAUGUCCGGAUAAAAAAACUUGGAUCGAGCCCCGUAAAAAUCCUGCGACGAUUGACGAACCUAACAAAUUUCAACCUAGAAAAUAUUUUCAUUGCACCAGUUGCAACAUCAAUUUGUACUCCGUUUCCGCUGUGCUUCAUCAUCACAAUCAAAUCCAUACACCGCCCGAAGAAUUGCUGCAUUGUCAAAUGUGCGACGUUAAAUUUGCCACGAAGACAAUUCUCCAGGCUCAUUUCGAUCACCACCACGAGACUCAUCUUUUUCGGUGCAAUUUUUGCUCCUGCGAAUUCGUUCUCAAGAGAAAUUUACGCGCCCACAUGAAUGCUCACAUCAGGCCACAAGUCGAGGAGCCCGGGAACAAGAGACUUAAAAUUGACGAACCAUGCAGAAAGCUCGAACUUCCGAUUCAGGAACAUCUCACGAAUCCAACGAACGACGAGCACUUAUCAACCGUUCAGAAAACAGAAACUGAUCAGAAAAUUCUCGAACAAGAGAGGGAAGGAGUUCGAGUCAACUAGAAAUAUUUUAUCAAUCGAAGGAUUGUUUUUCAGGUUUUUCACUCGUUGUUUCGAACAAUUUAUUUUUUUUGACCAAAAAUAAUUACAAGCCUUAAAUGUCAUGUAUCAUUAAUAAUUUUGUUCAUUUUUAUCUAUUUCCCAGCUACGU